AUGUCUCCGGUUUUGUUUUCUCUUCUAACUGUGUUGCUUCUCUCAGCUGGGAAUGCAAACGGGCACCACUCUGAUUGUCCAGACUCAUUUGAUUGCGGAAGUGUGGGGACAAUUUCCUUUCCCUUCACCACCUUUGAGCACCAGAAUUGUGGUGUUUUGGCAAUUCAUGGCUGCAAUCAAUCCAACCAAACGGCACCCAAGUAUGUCCAGUUGACCAAUGGAGGGAAAAAAUUUCAAGUUACAAAACUUAAUAUUCAUCGUUCGGGGCUCACUGAUAUUUCCAUUAUCGAUGAGAAUUUCAGAAAGCUUCUAGAACACUCUAUUUGUAAUGCCUUGAGCUAUAAUAUCACCCUCCCUCCCUCCUCUCCUUUCGGUUAUUUUUAUCUGCAAAACAACGUAACCUCCUUCAAUUGCAGCCGCCAACAAACACUUAACGUUUCUAAUAAUUUCAUCAACUAUACGCUAUGUCCUUCUGAUUUUUACUUUGUCCCUUCAUCCUCUGAUGAUGAUGGGUAUCUGCGCUCCUUAACCCCCUCCUGUUCAAUGGUUCAACUUCCCCUGAGACAAAAUUCUCAGUUCUUCAAAGAUCAAUUGGGAUUCUUAACUCCUCAAAUUACUUUUCAAUUCGUGUUUUCAAUUACCUGUCAACAGUGUCAUCGAGGUGGGGGCAGUUGCCGACCUGACAGCAGCGGAAAUUCAUAUUGCGCCAUGAGGAAAAGUAGAGUUUCGACUCGGAAGCUUGAAUUGAUCCUAGUCGCAAUCUUUGAAGGCAUUGGUGUUGGACCAUUGAUCAUGUUUGGGUUGUUCCUCGUGUUACGCCACUGCAAACGUCAAUAUGGUCAAUCGAGUAACACUAUCGAUUCCUUCCCAAAUCCUGACACGGAGAGUGAAAGGAUCUUCUUUGGGGUACCCGUCUUCUCCUAUAAGGAACUUCAAGAGGCAACCAACAAUUUUGAUCCCACUAGACAGCUAGGAGAUGGAGGCUUUGGCAUUGUUUACUACGGGACAUUGAGAGAUGGAAGGGAAGUUGCAAUCAAGCAUCUAUUUGAGCACAAUUACAAGAGAGUGGAACAGUUUAUGAAUGAAAUUGAGAUCCUUACUCGUUUACGCCACAGAAAUCUUGUGUCCCUUUAUGGCUGCACUUCACGUCACGGCCAUGAGCUACUGCUUGUGUAUGAAUACAUUCCAAAUGGCACAGUUGCUAGCCAUCUCCACGGUGAUUUAGCAAGGGUUGGUUUGCUGACAUGGCCUAUUCGAAUGCAAAUUGCCAUAGACACUGCUACUGCAUUGGCCUAUCUCCAUGCUUCUAACAUCAUUCACCGUGAUGUGAAGACCAAUAACAUUCUACUUGAUAUUAAUUUUUCGGUUAAGGUAGCAGAUUUUGGGCUUUCAAGAUUGUUCCCCAGUGAUGCAAGUCACGUGUCCACAGCUCCACAAGGGUCUCCGGGGUAUCUUGAUCCUGAAUACUUCCAAUGCUAUAGGCUCACUGAAAAGAGUGAUGUGUAUAGCUUUGGGGUUGUGCUCAUGGAACUAAUAUCAUCCAUGCCAGCAGUUGAUGGAGCCAGGGAAAGAGAUGAAGUUAACUUAGCAAAUUUUUGCAUGAAAAUGAUCCAAAGAGGAAAGCUUAGUGAGCUUGUUGACAGAUCUUUUGGGUUUGAGUCAGACCAAGUAGUCAACAGGAUGGUGACUUCAGUGGCAGAGUUGGCCUUUCGGUGUGUGCAAGGAGACAACGAAUUAAGGCCUUCUAUGGAUCAAGUGCUGGAAUUCCUCAAGAAAAUUCAAAGUGGAAAUUAUGAGUCUGAGAAUCUAGAGAAAGGAGAUGAUGGUGAUGAUGUUAUCUCGUCUACAUCCAGCGAAGAAAUGCAACCACCACCAGCAGCUUCACGAGACUCAAGUGAAAUUGGAAUUUUAAUGAAUAAAAAGCCAGCAGCUUCGUCCAAGUCCUUCAAUGAGAGUAUGUUUGGUAUACAGGAAAUAAAAAGAGAGGAUGAAAAUAGAGAAGAAAUCAAGUUGGAAAAAGAAAAAUAUAGCAGAGAACAGAGUGAGGAAGAGGGGAGAAAUAACUCAGGAGAUGGCAGCAUUGCAGAAGUUCAAGCUGUUCACAACGCCAUGCGGAGUGGGGCAAAGCCCAACCCAAAGCCCGAGAACGAGCCCGUUGGUUCAGUUCCGCAGGCCCAAAACAUCUCUGCUUACCCUUCUUAG